AUGUAUAAAUUUUUGCUGGUCGCCGCGGUACUACUUCCGACCCUGGUUCUGGGUCAAACCCCUACCCUACCAUGUCCGAAUGGAGCACCCCUGCCACGCGAAGUCGACCUAAACGGGUGCACUACCGCACCGUGCAAUAUUCCGGCCGGAGCACCGAUAGUUGCCCACGCCAAGGGCAUCGUUAGCCAAAUCGCAACGGCGACCUUGACGCCACACAUUUCCAUCCGAUUGCUGGGUCUUGAGAUUCCAUUCCCGAUCCCGGAAUCGCUAGUGGAUGCGUGCGCUGUCGGUACAGCUCCCGGCACCUGCCCGGUGUCGGUCGGACAAGAGUUUGAUUACAUCCUAGAUUAUGAAGGUGACCCAGUCCCGGUUUCAGGAGUAACGGUACAGAUUGAGGUCGGACUGGCUGCCGACAAUGGCGAGGAUGUUACUUGUGUAGCCUUCGAAGUGUACAUCUCUAAUUAG